AUUAAGUUUCAGGUGGUGGGUGUAUAUGUCCAUUAGACCUGUCCAUAUACUUCAGUUUCAUUGGAAGUAUAUUGAUAAUUUUCAGUUAAAGAGUUUGAUAACCAUUUCAACAGUCUUAAAAUUUGCCUUUUAACAAAAUCAUCAUAUAAUAUGUGCUAUGAUGAUAAAAAAGUAGUGAGAAAUUAAGAAACUGAAUUAACUGUUAAAUCCAUAAAAAAAUGUAUCUACUCUGGGUAUAUCUUAUUCCCUCAAAUGUAUCUUAUAUGAAAAAUAGAAUUUAUUGUUUGGAAUUAUCCUCUCAAAAUGAUCCUUUUGGCUUUUAUAUGUCGAGGGUAGUGAUAAUAACAACCAAGAAAUAGGGCCUUCAUUGGGUGUUUUCUUUACCUGGGUCUUCUGUUUCCAAAAGAAUAGUUAAUUGGUCUUUUGAAGAUUUUGUUUUAAUAAUUCUUGAUAACACUGACAGUACACAAGGAGGUGAUAGAUGACUCCUUUAGCUUUUUUUCCAAGUUCAAUUUCUACUUCUAUUCCCCUGAACUCAAACCCUCCCUUGCUGUUAUAUGACAUUGACAUGAUUAUAUUAUUGUUUGUUGAUACAUGACAUAUUUCUGUAGCACACAAUAAUUAUCUGUAAGUUACAAGAGUCGAAAAGAUUCUAAUCUAAGUUAUCUUUCCUUUCUAGCGCCAGAGAAUCAGUGUGGAGCUGCCUGUUCACGGACAUCCAUGUUAAAAUGAGGCUUAUUGGAAGCAGGUUUCCAUGGUGAUAGAUAUAAGAAGAUGUAAAGCGUGGGAAAACUCCAGACAUGAACGCUCGAACAUUCUCUAAAGUCAUGGUCAGUCAACAGUUGGAUAGAGAAAAGAAACUUCUGGAGAAACAAAUGCAAGAAAAAGCCAAAGAUGGAGGAUUGAAAGUUGUUAAUGGAUCAGCAGGUGAUGCAUCAUCACAGAAAGUGCAACAAGCAGCAGCACAGGCAGAGAAAAAGAAGAGAAGAUGGGAUCAGUCAGCUGAUGAUACUCCUGCCAAGAAAAGUAAGAGUGGUUGGGAAGAGGCUGCCACACCAUCUAACACAAGAUGGGAUGAAACUCCUGGAAGGCCUAAAGGUUCUGAUACCCCAGGGGCAACACCUGGACAAAGUACCAGAGUCUGGGACACUACACCUGGUCAUGCCACACCUGGUGCCACCACCCCAGGUCGUGGAGACAGUACCCCAGGACAUAACACCACACCUAGUGCUAGGAGAAACAGAUGGGAUGAAACACCAAGAACUGAAAGAGAAACCCCAGGACAUGGAAGUGGGUGGGCAGAAACUCCUAAAACAGAUAGAGGUGGAGAUUUAAUACAGGACACACCCACUCCAGGGGCAAGCAAAAGACGAUCACGUUGGGAUGAAACACCUGGUGCCACACCAAGUGGUGGUGGUGGAGGUGGUGCUACUCCAAGUGGUGGACACACACCAGGUGGAUUAACUCCUAGUAUGACACCAGGGGGAACAACACCAGGUGGAUCAACUCCUAGUGGAUUUACUCCUGGAGGACAGACACCAGCAGGUUUUACUCCCAGUGGUGCCACUCCUAUAGGAGCUAAAGCUAUGGCCAUGGCCACUCCUUCUCCUGGACAGCUGAUGUCCAUGACACCUGAACAAUUACAAGCCUUCACUUGGCAGAGAGAAAUAGAUGAGAGGAACAGACCACUUGGAGAUGAUGAAUUAGAUUCUAUUUUGCCACCAGGAUAUAAGGUUUUAAAUCCUCCAGCAGGAUAUGUACCUAUCAGAACUCCAGCCAGAAGGUUAUUGGCCACACCUACACCAAUAGCAGGUACCCCAACAGGUUUCCGUAUCCAAACUCCAGACAACAAGGUUCAAAUUGUAGAUAUGCAGCCUAAGGGUAACCUGCCUAUGAUGAAACCUGAUGAUAUGCAGUACUUCGAUAAACUUCUGGUUGAUAUUGAUGAAGAAACACUGAGUCCAGAGGAACAAAAAGAAAGAAAGAUCAUGAAACUGUUACUGAAAAUAAAAAAUGGAACACCUCCCAUGAGAAAGGCGGCUUUAAGACAGAUAACAGAUAAAGCCAGAGAAUUUGGAGCUGGUCCCCUGUUCAAUCAGAUAUUACCUUUACUUAUGUCUCCUACAUUGGAGGACCAGGAGAGACAUUUGUUGGUCAAGGUCAUUGAUCGUAUCCUGUACAAACUUGAUGAUUUGGUGAGGCCAUACGUUCACAAGAUUCUGGUCGUAAUUGAACCCUUGUUGAUUGAUGAAGACUAUUAUGCCAGAGUUGAGGGCAGAGAAAUCAUAUCUAAUUUAGCAAAGGCUGCUGGUUUGGCUACUAUGAUUUCUACAAUGAGACCUGAUAUUGACAAUAUGGAUGAAUAUGUCCGUAACACUACAGCUAGAGCCUUUGCUGUUGUUGCUUCAGCUUUAGGAAUACCUUCACUUCUACCUUUCUUGAAGGCUGUGUGUAAGAGUAAGAAGAGUUGGCAAGCUAGACAUACAGGAAUUAAAAUUGUACAACAGAUUGCCAUUUUGAUGGGUUGUGCUAUAUUGCCACAUUUGAAGAAUUUAGUAGAAAUUAUUGAACAUGGUCUUGUGGAUGAACAGCAGAAAGUAAGAACCAUUACAGCUUUGGCUUUAGCUGCUCUAGCAGAGGCAGCCACUCCUUAUGGUAUUGAAUCCUUUGAUAGUGUACUGAAACCACUGUGGAAGGGUAUCAGGCAGCACAGAGGAAAGGGUUUGGCUGCUUUCCUGAAGGCUAUUGGUUAUUUAAUCCCCUUGAUGGAUGCUGAGUAUGCUAACUACUAUACCAGAGAAGUGAUGUUGAUCUUGAUUAGAGAGUUCCAGUCUCCUGAUGAAGAAAUGAAGAAGAUUGUGUUAAAGGUAGUGAAACAGUGCUGUGCAACUGAUGGUGUAGAACCUCAAUAUAUUAAAGAAGAAAUUCUGCCACCAUUCUUCAAACAUUUCUGGAAUCAGAGAAUGGCUUUGGACAGAAGGAAUUACAGACAGCUUGUAGAUACUACAGUAGAAAUAGCUAACAAGGUUGGAGCAGCAGAAAUCGUGGGUCGUGUUGUAGAUGACCUUAAAGAUGAAGCUGAACAAUACAGAAAGAUGGUAAUGGAAACAAUUGAAAAGAUCAUGGCUAACCUGGGAGCCGCUGAUAUUGAUUCACGUCUUGAAGAACAGCUGAUUGAUGGUAUAUUGUAUGCCUUCCAGGAACAGACAACUGAGGAUGUAGUGAUGUUGAAUGGGUUUGGUACAGUGGUGAAUGCCCUUGGGAAGCGUGUAAAGCCUUAUCUCCCUCAGAUCUGUGGUACAAUCCUGUGGCGUCUCAACAACAAGUCAGCCAAAGUAAGACAACAGGCAGCAGAUCUCAUCUCUAGAAUUGCUAUAGUCAUGAAAACUUGUCAGGAGGAAAGAUUGAUGGGACAUUUAGGUGUUGUACUGUAUGAGUACUUGGGAGAAGAGUACCCAGAGGUAUUAGGAAGUAUCCUGGGGGCAUUGAAAGGCAUUGUCAAUGUCAUUGGUAUGACAAAGAUGACUCCACCCAUCAAAGAUCUCUUACCAAGACUUACACCUAUUCUCAAAAAUAGACAUGAAAAGGUACAGGAGAAUUGUAUAGACUUAGUAGGUAGGAUAGCUGAUAGAGGGGCAGAAUAUGUAUCAGCCAGGGAAUGGAUGAGGAUUUGUUUUGAGUUACUGGAAUUACUGAAAGCACACAAGAAAGCUAUUAGGAGAGCAACAGUCAAUACAUUUGGUUACAUAGCUAAAGCCAUUGGUCCUCAUGAUGUAUUAGCCACAUUACUCAACAAUCUCAAAGUACAGGAAAGACAGAAUCGUGUGUGUACCACAGUGGCUAUAGCUAUUGUAGCAGAAACAUGUUCUCCUUUCACUGUUAUACCAGCCCUAAUGAACGAAUAUCGUGUACCUGAACUCAAUGUACAAAAUGGUGUAUUAAAAUCAUUAUCAUUUAUGUUUGAAUAUAUUGGUGAGAUGGGAAAAGAUUAUAUUUAUGCUAUUGCUCCCCUGUUAGAGGAUGCUUUAAUGGACAGAGAUCUGGUACACAGACAGACCACAAUGUCUACCAUACAACACAUGGCUUUAGGUGUAUAUGGCUUUGGUUGUGAGGAUGCUUUGGUACAUUUAUUGAACUAUGUAUGGCCAAAUAUAUUUGAAACAUCACCUCAUGUGGUCCAGGCCUUUAUGGGAGCCAUUGAAGGAUUUAGAGUAGGAAUGGGGGCUGCAAAAAUACUGCAAUAUGCUCUUCAGGGCUUAUUUCAUCCUGCCAGAAAAGUUCGAGAUGUUUAUUGGAAAGUUUACAAUACAGUUUAUAUUGGUGCACAGGACAGUAUGAUUCCUUCCUAUCCACGAGUACCUAAUGAUGUCAAAAACAGUUAUGUCAGAUACGAGCUGGAUUAUGUGUUAUAGUCUUACAACAUUUUUAUCAUUUCCUCUCUUGUAAUUUGUGUUUGUUUUCAUAUUGUAAUGCUCAUGCAUUUAAAAAUCAUCAUUUGAACAGUUAGAUAUCGCCUAAUAUUUAGUGCUGAGAGAUCAUUGUUUUCUGUGUGACCUUGAUAAAUAUUUCAUCAUGCCUCAAUUCCAUUUAAUUCUGAGUAAGCAUAUUAUUCUGUAUAACUACAAUAUUUUUUUCAUCACAUAUCAUUUAAAAAAAAAAAAAAAUUGGUUUCUCUGUAGGAUGAUGAGAACUUUGUGUCAAUUUAUUCUAUUUCUUUACCAAAUGAUGAAGUUUUACAUAAUUCUUUCAUAAAAAAACCAAUUAAAAUCAUAAGCUUUGCUGAUACAUGUACUCACAUUUCACAUUUUCAUUUACAAUAUGACAAUAAAUCAGAUCAGGUAUUGAUAUUUUUUUUACCACUUUUGUCAAGUUACAUGUAUAUAUUUUUGCCAAAGAUUAUUGAUGUUUUCUUGAGAAACAUUUAUAGUUUGAUUAAUUUAACUGGGAAUUGUGAACCAUUUCUUUUUGUCAUCUUUUAGAUAAAAUAAAUGUCUUUUAAACAUAGUGCAUAUAGUUUGAACUUCAUUUUGAUUUGGAAAUUUUGUCUUUUUCCUUAAAUUCUGUAAAUGACUAAAGUAAUCAAUAUUUGUGGCAACCAUUUAAACAUAUAUGGUAGUAAUCCAUGUGUAUAUAUUUGGUAAAUGUGUGGUUACACUGUGUAUACAUUUAAUAACAUUGUCAUUGUAUAGUGAACACAUUUGGUACAAUGUCCAUACUUUGUAAUAAUAAUUUACAACACUGUCAUUGUACUGCAUAUGUAUAUGGUAACAUUGUUAUUGUACUGUGUAUGUAGUAACAGUAGCAUUGUACAUUGUAUUGAUUUAGUGACAGUGUCGUCCAUUAUACCUUUAUCCUGUUUGAUAUAAAUUUCAUCAAAUUGUUGGUUUAAUGGCACUAUUAGGUAUGGUCUGUUACAAGAACCAUGUUGUUUCCUUCGAUGAUUAUUGGUGCCAUCUAUGUAUCCUAUUACAAUAUCAUAUAUCACCAUCAUGUCAGUGUCAUGUUUCAAGGUUAAAGAACAGAAACAAGCUGUAAUAGUUCAAUGUUAUAAAACGAUUACAGAAAAAUAUCAUUGUAAUCUGUUUAUUAUCUUCCUUUUGAAAUGUGAUAAAGAAUAUGUAGUCCAUGUUUUGUAACAUGAAAUAAAAAGUAAAACAUGCA